GAAAGCCAGGGUCUCAUAUCCUGUUCUACUCUCUCUUUCCCCUGUUGCUGUGCACGCUCUGGCUAUGGCGACCUCCCUGCUGCACUCUGCUGCUGCCCGUGGCCUGCACGGGCUGCCGUCCUCUUUCUCCCUCGCCAGCAGCGCGAGCUUGAGCUCUGCUUCCCAGAACCAGCCAUUGUUGAUAUUGUCGAAGAAAUUGACCAGGAGCAAGAAGGAAUGGCGAGGAAUGGUGGUGGCGUCGUCGAGCGCGGAAGGGGCUGUGGCCGCGCCGCCCCCGCAGUCCGUGGAGGCGCCGGCUGGGAGCGCCACGGACAGCGCGAAGCUGAACAAGUACUCAAGCCGCGUGACCCAGCCUAAGGCGCAGGGCGCCUCGCAGGCGAUUCUGUACGGGGUGGGGUUGUCCGAGGAGGAUAUGAACAAGCCGCAGGUGGGAAUCUCGUCGGUUUGGUACGAGGGCAACACGUGCAAUAUGCAUUUGCUGCAUUUGUCUGAGGCUGUGAAGGAGGGGGUGAAGGAGGCCGGGAUGGUGGGGUUCCGAUUCAACACUGUGGGAGUUAGUGACGCCGUGUCCAUGGGAACCGAGGGGAUGUGCUACAGCCUGCAGUCGCGCGAUUUGAUUGCGGACAGUGUGGAGACUGUUAUGGGCGGGCAGUGGUACGACGCCAACAUUUCCAUUCCGGGGUGUGAUAAGAACAUGCCCGGGGUGGUCAUGGCCAUGGGGCGGCUGAACAGGCCCAGCAUUAUGAUUUAUGGGGGCACCAUCAAGCCAGGUCAUUUUAACGGACAGACGCUCGACAUCGUUUCAGCCUUCCAGAGCUACGGAGAGUAUGUGAGCGGGUCCAUCUCCGAGGAUGAGAGGAUGGACGUUGUAAGGAAUUCUUGCCCCGGAUUCGGAGCUUGUGGAGGAAUGUACACCGCCAACACCAUGGCGUCCGCCAUUGAAGCGCUAGGCAUGUCGCUGCCGUACAGCUCUUCCAUCCCCGCCGAGGACCCGUUGAAGAUCGAGGAAUGCAAAUUGGCCGGGAAAUACAUUCUGGAGCUUCUAAAGCGUGACUUGAAGCCGCGUGACAUUAUCACCCGAAAGUCGCUCAACAACGCUAUGGUGGUUGUCAUGGCGCUCGGAGGUUCCACGAAUGCGGUGCUUCAUCUCAUCGCCAUCGCUCGUUCUGUGGGCGUUGAGCUCACAUUGGACGAUUUCCAGGACGUGAGCGACAAGACCCCGUUCAUUGCUGAUCUUAAACCUAGCGGGAAGUACGUGAUGGAGGAUUUGCACAAAAUUGGAGGCGUGCCUGCCGUACUGAAGUACUUGUUAGAAAAAGGGCUAAUCGACGGGAGCUGCAUGACAGUCACGGGGAAGACCAUCGCUGAGAACCUCGCUGAGUGCCCGCCCCUCUCCGAAGGUCAGAAGAUCAUCAUGCCUCUCGAAAACCCCAUCAAAAAAACUGGUCACUUGCAAAUUCUGUGGGGCAACCUUGCUCCAGAGGGUUCCGUUGCUAAAAUUACAGGCAAAGAAGGCUUGUACUUUUCUGGCCCCGCCCGUGUAUUUGAGGGAGAGGAAGCCAUGCUGGACGCUAUCACUGAGGACCCUCAGAGCUUGAAGGGUACUGUGAUCGUUAUCCGAGGGGAGGGUCCUAAGGGUGGCCCGGGCAUGCCUGAGAUGCUCACCCCCACGAGUGCUGUAAUUGGAGCUGGACUUGGCAAGGAAGUAGCGCUUCUGACCGACGGUCGAUUCUCUGGUGGCUCUCACGGCUUCGUUGUUGGGCACAUCUGCCCAGAAGCUCAAGUAGGUGGCCCGAUUGGGCUUGUACGUGAUGGAGACGUGAUCACCAUCGACGUGGAGAAGAGGAAAAUCAACGUCGAUUUGACGGCACAAGAGCUUGCGGAUCGAAAACUCCUGUGGAGAGCUCCCCCUUACAAGGCCUCUCGUGGAACCCUUUACAAGUACAUCAAGAAUGUCAAAUCAGCGUCCGAAGGUUGCGUGACUGAUGAGUGAUUCAUUUUUCUACGGAUCUCCUCAAUUGUUUGUCUGCUUCAAGUUUUGCACACGUUCAUAUUUUCUUACAGACCCAGGCUUAGACAAUGGAGACGAGCGUCUUCAGCAUUGCCAUCAGGAUCUAUCAUACCCACUGGAGCGCGGUAGCCUUUCACCUAAAUGUAUGUGAUCUACUAGAAAUAAUUGACUGUGAUUUCUAAUUAUGUGAUUCUAAUUCAUCACUGCUGCGUGAUGUUGACCAUUCUGCAUGUUGAGUUCAGUGUGACAAAGCUUUUGCGUUGCUUCA